AUGACGGGAUAUCCUUUUACAUGGGAGCAUGGAAGAAAUAGUGAUGGCUGGGUGGAAUCUAGGUUGGACCGUGUUUUUACUAAUGCUCAGUGGCGUACCAGGUUUUCUAAUUCUACUACUAAAGUGUUGGGUUUCUCUACUUCGGACCAUCUGCCUAUUCUUCUUGCUGUCAGAUGCUUUGUGGAUCAACGCCAUGCUCAUCGUUUUCGGUUUGAGAAUACGUGGCUCCGUGAGGCAGGGUGUCAGACCUUAAUUUCGGAUAUUUGGCAACUUUCUCCAGAUAUGGACGUUGAGGGUAAGCUUGUGGCCUGUCGUACUGCUUUGAAAUCGUGGGGCAUGAAUCUUAGACUUCUGCAUAAAGCUGAGAUGGACGAGAGUCUUGCUAUUAUGACCCGUUUACACGGCUCUCGGCUAUAG